UUGUCAUCGUCACAUUAUAAAACACCAUGGCAAAUGAACGUAUCCCGCCGAAACCCGGGAUUCACAUCGAGCGAAUGCCGCAGUUGGCUGAGGCGAUAAACCGAGAGGAUGACUGGACCGGAACCACCGAUGCUGCGGCUCGCCGACGGGCUCAAACAAGACUAAACACAAGAGCAUACCGAAAACGCAAGGCACUGGCAAAUAAGAUGGAAGAAUCGAGUGAACCAGAAACUCGGGUGGAAUACUGGAACAGUCAAGGUCAAUGGAUCGCAUCGGUGUCGAAAUCACACGCAAAGGAGCUCUACAAUCGCCGAAACCCGCUGAUUCCAUGGCAGACGGACAAGUCCAAGAGAGACAACCUCAACAUCAUCUUCCCCCUUUCCUCAGACCACCUGAUCACUCUGCUCCAGUUCAACGUACUCCGAGCCCUACUCGUCAAUCGCAGUCUCCUCUUGGGUUACCCCGCCACGCCCCUCGACUGCGCCGACGAUGUUGUAGACAUCCUUCCGUACCCGAAAAACCCGGAGCAGCUUCCUUCAUCACUCCUACCGACCGCGCUUCAACAGCUCGUGCCUCACUGCAACUGGAUCGACAUCUUCCCUUGCCCCGACACGCGGGACCGUCUGAUCGUGGCAGCUGGGAGCUUUGACGAUGACGACCUGUGGCUGGACGUCUUGGGCGGGUUAUUCGAAGGCUUCCCGGAUGAAGAAGUGGAGCGGAGAGGAAUGGUUGCUUGGUCACCACCGUGGGAUAUUUCUGGAUGGGAGAUGUCGGAGAACUUUGUGAAGAAAUGGGGAUGGCUUUUCAAUGGGCCAGCCUCGAUGAAAGCAACAAAUCGUUGGAGGUCGCAAAGGGGAGAGGAGCGGUUGAAUGACUUGGCCGGGACGUGUUGAGGUUGAAUGGAGAGCUUUGGUACACUUGAAAAUGAUGUUCAUUACAACUUAGAUUUGGGGAGACAUUGCUUUGCAGGUCGUUGAUGCGCUUGGAAAUAAUUCCCCCGGUUUUAUAAUCUUUGGUUGCAGCGGGUAAAAGUUAAAAUAACAUGGAAUAUAUACAGGGCAGCACAUGGGAAAGGAUUUGGGUAUGUAUAUCACUGGGUCGUGUGCGCAACGAACACACCGUCGUGGGCAUUUGAUAUGGCUAACUAGGGUGGGC